AUGCUACCAAAAUUUAUUUUAGUGCUUGCCAUUGCUGCAGCCGCCGCACUUGGCCAUAUGGAGCUGGUUGCGCCCUGCCCCCGCUAUUCCUCCAAGUGUGCUACCAAACCAGCACUUCCCACUGGCAAAAUCAUUGACUACGAUCUGAACAGUGCCAUUGGUAGUAAUGGCAGAUCUUGGAACCCUUAUGCAAGCAUACCACGCCGUGGCCCCAAGCCACAGAGACAUGGGCCGCUGGUACUACGUUAUUGCUUUUACACGGCUGCGCCCAAAGCUGGAGGCGUCGAUGCUGUUCGCGCGUACACAUUUACUCUGCCCGCGGGUCUUCCUGGAACCAGCAACGCCAUUUUUGCUUGGACUUGGGUUAAUGCGGUUGGCAAUCGCGAGUUCUACAACAACUGUGGCGAAUUUCUAUCAAGGGCCCACCUGGAUCAUACACUGGAAAGAAAAUGA